AUGCACCCAAAACGCAGUCUCUCUCAAAAUGGGGAUGAGGAAGAUAAGAACCAUGAUGACUACUUAAGUAACGUAAUAAGCCAUAGCAAAAUGUUAAAAGAGGAAGAACACACAAGACGUUUAGAAAUGGCUGAAGAAGAACAUGCAAUUAAACUUGCUAUAUAUAAUGAAAAAUUAAAAUGUGCCAUACUUGAAAGAGAGAUUUUAGAAUUAAAAAAAAGUGCGUGA